GUGUGAAGGGCCUACCACCGGAGUUGCAGCAGAAGCUUAGCUACGUGUCUGGCGACGCAGCUUCACAGGUUGACAGCAUCCCUACCGCAGAUGUGGUCAUUGUUGACCCUCCGCGAAAGGGCAUGGAGGAUCCGGUCAUCGAGGCCCUAACUCGAAGGCGAAAAAAGAAGGAGCCGAAGCCACGGCGGCUGAUCUACGUCAGUUGUGGCUUUCCAGCUUUCUGCCGUGAUGCCGAAAAGCUGAUGGAGCAUGGAUGGUCAGUACUUCAUGCCGAGGGCUUCGUGCUUUUCCCGGGCGCGGACCAUCUGGAAACCUUCUGCGUCUUCGAGCAAACCUGA